AUGCUGCUGGUCCUGCUCUCAGUGGCCUUGCUGGCCCUGAGCUCAGCCCGCAGCCCAAAUUAUGAUGAGGAUAACUCAAGCCAGAGUCCAGAACAGAAGCCUCAGAGACCACGUCCAGGAGGAAGCCAACCUGCACUGCCUCCUGAGGAUGUAAAGCUAGAGGCUGCUCCUCAGCAGGCGAAACCUGGAGCAGAAGACAAUCAAAACGGUCCUCCCCCAUCUCCUCCUGGAAGGCCACAGAGAUCACCACCACCUCCAAGGGGAAGUCCACCAAGACCCCAGCCAGAGCAGGUCAAACGAGAGGCUGCUCCUCGGCAGGCACAACCCAGAGCAGAAGGCAAUCAAAACGGUCCUCCCCCAUCUCCUCCUGGAAGGCCACAGAGAUCACCACCAUCCCCAGGCGGAAGCCCACCAAGACCCCAGCCUGAGCAGGUCAAGCGAGAGGCUGCCCCUCAGCAGGAACAACCUGGAGCACAAGGCAAUCAAAACGGUCCUCCCCCAUCUCCUGCUGGAAGGCCUCAGAGAUCACCACCACCCCCAGGCGGUAGCCCACCAAGACCCCAGCCACAGCAGGUCAAGCGAGAGGCUGACCCUCAGAAGGAACAACCCGGAGCACAAGGCAAUCAAAACGGUCCUCCCCCAUCUCCUCCUGGAAGGCCCCAGAGAUCACCACCACCCCCAGAGGCUAGUCCACCGAGACCCCAGCCUGAGCAAGUCAAGCGAGAGGAUGCUCCUCAGCAGGCACAACCUGGAGCAGAGGGCAAUCAAAACAGUCCUCCCCCAUCUCCUCCUGGAAGGCCCCAGAGAUCACCACGACCCCCAGGGGUAGUCCACCAAGUCCUCCAGAAGGCCAGCCACCCCAGUAAGGUAGAAUUUACUGACAGGUAUGAUUCAACUACACUCUCCAUCAAAAGCCCUAACUCCUACAGUUCUCAAACUUUAGCGUGGUGGUGA